AUGAGUACCAGAAAGCGGCGUGGCGGAACAAUAAAUUCUAGACAAGCCCAGAAGCGAACUCGGGAGGCGCCCUCCACACCCGAGAUGGCCGUGGAAGCAGAGCCCAUCGAACUCGUGGAAAGCGCUGGCGAUGAAAUAGUGGACCUCACCUGUGAGUCCUUGGAACCAGUGGUCGUCGACCUGACUCACAACGACUCCGUGGUGAUUGUUGAUGAAAGGAGGCGGCCCAGGAGGACCGCAAGGAGGCUCCGCCAGGAACACGGCUACAGCUGUGUGGUGAGCAGUGACGACGAGGAGCCGCCCAGGGACAGGGAUGUGUACGUGACCCCACACACACCCAGAAACGCCAGGGAGGAGGGCGCCGCAGGACUCAGGCCUUCCGGCACCGUCAGCUGUCCAAUCUGCAUGGACGGGUACUCGGAGAUUGUGCAGAACGGACGUCUCAUCGUUUCUACCGAAUGUGGCCACGUCUUCUGCAGCCAGUGCCUCCGGGAUUCCCUUAAAAAUGCUAAUACUUGCCCAACUUGUAGGAAAAAGAUCAACCACAAACGGUACCACCCCAUUUAUAUAUGA